AAAAAAAAAACCGCAGAAAGCCGAUGAUGUUUUUCAUGCAUAUAGAAUGGGAUUAGAGCUAAGGAUAUAAAGGGAGUUAAUUUAGGAAGAUUCUGCAAUCGGAGGGGAGGAGAUUGGGGAAGUAAGAAGUGAGACGAUGGCUUCAGAUGGGAAGAAAAGCGAUGAUAUGGAUUCGCUGUUUGACGGGAUGGUACUGUUUAACCCUGCUGCCGAUAUUGAAAUUGGAGUUGAAGCAGAGGUCCGACAAGACAAUUACAAUGGUAGUGAUGCGCUGACAACAUCGCAGCCCCUUGACGAGAAUCUCUUCUCCGACCUCACGCUUGUGGUGGAUCCCCUCCAAAACUCACUAGCAGCUGAAGCCGACCAUGAUCUCCAAUCUCAACACCAGCUAUCUGUAUCUGCUACCGCCCCAACUUCCUCUUCUUCCUCUACACAGGGUCCGAGUCAGGGUCAGCUCCCUCGAAGGAGAAAACGAUCUGGCUUGAGGAUAGGAUAUGGUAGAGAUACCCUUCAUUUCAACGACAUGCCUCACACUCUUUCUCGGCUCCCCCAACCAAUUUCUGACAGUGAAAGCCUCGGCGCUGCUCAUACUGUUCGGCUCCCAGAGACCCUUCCCUCCAUUAUCACUGCCACUGAUGAUGCUGAUGCUGAUGCUGUUACUCUUUCCCUACCAUCAACUGAAUCUUCCUCCAAAUCAGACAAUGAGAAUCGGGAAUAUCAACAUGCUUCAGCUUUUUCUGAGGAAGAACCACCUGCUGAAUCUUCCUCCAAAUCAGAGAAUGAGAAUCCGAAACAACACCGUGUUUCAGCUUUUUCUGAGGAAGAACCAUCUGCUGAAUCUUCCUCCAAAUCAGGGAAUGAUAAAUUGAAUCAACAACAUGCAUCGGCUUUUCCAGAGGCAGAGUUUGAGCAAAUCAAGGCCACCAUACGUGAGAAGCUUAACCUUGCCAGUCAACUGGUAAAAAAUGCUUCUUCUGCUCGAAAGGAUUCCAUCAGAAAUAGAAGAAAAAUCCUUGAGAAUGCUAAUCUGGCUUCGCUCAGAUACAUGGAACUAGAAAAACAGUUGGAAGAAGCCUGCGAAGCUGAAGAUUUCGAAAGGGCCGAAAAGGUUAGCGAAAAGCUUUCUGUUGCCGAGAAGGAGAAACUGACUUACAUCAAUUCUUUGAGAGAAGCCGAUGCUUUUGUCGACGCUUUAGAUUUAAAAUUGCAGCAUGCCCUUGAAUCUCAGUUAGUUGCCGAGGAACAAUGCGCUAUCCUGCUCGACCAUUAUGCAAAGAACGCUUUAAAUAAUGCAGAUUCUAUCCUGAAGAAAGCAACAUCAGUUUUUUCAGAAGAAAUGGACCAAUGGCUUUCAUCAUCUGAAGCUAUGGAGGUUAAAAAGAUGGAAUUGGAGAUUGAAGCACAAUUUAUGAAUGAAGCUCGUUUAGAAUUGAAUAAUUCCAUUGAGCAUUCAAUCCAGGAUGACAAAAGAGAAAAAGAGAUCCUUUGUAAAAGAAAGGAUGUGUUGAUGGGUGAAUUGGAUCAACUUCUUGCUUUAGUUAAACAGAAAGAAAAGGAGAUAGCAGACAAUGACUCUAAUUUAGAAGCUGUAGAAAAUAAGAUAAAUAAAGUUCUCUCUGGAUUUGAAGAGAUGCAGUUAAGCAUUAAUGUCAAGUAUGACAAAUUGCAGUCUGCCCUUGCGCAUGUGAAAUUAGAAACUGAAACUUUGACUCUAAAGAAGGGGGAGAUUGAUAACUCUCUCACACAGGAAGAAGAAAUGGGAGCAAGACUUAGGAAUUUUGCUAGUAUUUCUUCAAAGCAAGCUGAGGGAUACCGUGAAACAGUUAAACUGAGAAGAAGUUUGAUGUCAUCUAUAUUGAAGUCCAGGGGGGACAAACUGUCACUUGCAGAGAACGAGGAAAAGCUUUCUGGAGAUGUCAAAUUGUUUCAAGAGGAGGUUUCUGCCGCUAGAGCUUCCUUGCAGGAACUAUCUUCAAGAAAGUCAAGCAUCCAGCAAGAGAUAGCAUCCUUCAAGCAGAGGAUUAUUUUCAUUGAUAAAAGAGUCCCAGAACUAGAAGCAGAAAAGAAAGUUGCUACUGCUGCAAGAAAUUUCAAGGAGGCGGCUCGAAUAGCUACCGAGGCAAAGUCACUAUGUGUUGAAAAAGAGAGCAUCCAGAUAGACAUGGACAAGUCUACAUUAAAUCUUGAGAAGCUUGAAGAAGAAAUCAAAGUAACCCUUAAUAAAUUACAGGAGACUGAGGGAGUGAUUUUAUUAAAGGAGAAAGAGUUGGCAAUGGUCAGAUACCAGAAGCUACGUUUGGCAUCCGCAACUGCUAGAGCUGAAAAGGCUGGCGCACUAGAAAUGGGUGAUAUAGAAGAAGCUAAUCUCCUAUCUACUGAAGCCGAGGCAGCAGACCGUGAAGCUGAAAAACUUAAAUCGACGUACAAAAUUGAAGCGAAAGACUUAGCCGAUCUAGGAAGGCAUUUAAUUUCGAUGGAUCAUGUAUCAUAUCUUGACCAGAAGCAACUGGGAGAACUAGGUUUGUCACUUCAUCUAUGGACUGGAUAAUUGUUGAAAGAGGAUUUGGGGAUUGAUAAUCAGAUAGUAACUGCAAGUACGUACUGAGAAUGUGAUUGUCACUUUUCUCUUUUUUUUUUCUUUUUCAAUUUUGAGGCUUUCGGGUUGGUUACUGAGUUUGAGAUUUCUACAUUUUUUUUUUCAUUUGUUGUGGGGGCGAGCAGGACAACAAAAGCUGUGUAAACUGUGAAGAUUGUUAUUUUUCACUACUAGAAUUGCAUGAUUCAAACUAUA